GGUGAAUGUGAGACAUUAAAGAUUUAUACAAGAAACUUCUUGAGGGUGAGUGUGGACUCAUUUUUUAUUUAUUCACACCUACAUUCAUCCACGGCCACAGCCACACCAAUCCACACCCACACCCACACCAAUCCACACCCACACCCACACCCUCACACCCAAUCCACAAAUUAUCAUUUCAAAUAUUAAUUGUUUUGGUCUGACAAUCGAUAAAAAUGGAUUUAUUUAUGUUUCUGAUCAGGAGAAUCAUGAAGUAAGACGAUGGAAACAAGGUGAUACAAAAGGUGAAUUAGUUGCAGGUGGAAAUGGGAAAGGAGAUCGUCUUGAUCAACUCAAUUAUCCUGAGAAUAUCUUUAUUGAUGAAAAUUAUUCUCUUUAUAUAUCAGAUAAAGAGAAUCAUCGUGUAAUGAAAUGGAAAAAAGAUGCAAAAGAAGGAAUUAUUGUUGCUGGAGGAAAUGGGAAAGGAAAUAGUCUCAAACAAUUAUCUAGUCCUCGAGGAGUAAUUGUUGAUAAUUUGGGUCAAAUCUAUGUGGUAGAUUGUUGGAAUAGUCGAGUAAUGCGUUGGUGUGAAGGAGAUGAAGAAGGUGAAAUUGUUACUGGUGGAAAUGGUGAAGGAGACGAAUCAAAUCAAUUGUAUAAUCCCUAUGGAUUAUCAUUUGAUAAUGAAGAAAAUCUUUAUGUUGUUGAUCAAUGGAAUCAUCGAAUCCAAAAAUACCAAAAAAUUUAA